CGUUCUCGUCAUCAGAGAAGAAGACGGGCAGAGGUUGAAAAGAGCUAAUAUUCUAAACAUUUUUCGUUCAGCGGUUUGGAUCAAAGCUCAACGACAGCAUGGCUGAGGACAAGCCAAAGGAAGGCGUGAAGACUGAAAAUGACCACAUUAACCUGAAGGUGGCUGGUCAGGAUGGGUCAGUGGUCCAGUUUAAAAUUAAACGACACACUCCCCUCAGCAAACUAAUGAAAGCCUACUGCGAAAGACAGGGUUUGUCAAUUCGGCAGAUUAGAUUUAGGUUUGACGGACAGCCAAUCAACGAGACGGACACGCCUGCACAGCUGGAGAUGGAAGACGAGGAUACUAUCGACGUGUUUCAGCAGCAGACAGGAGGCUCCUGCUGAAGUCCGAAUAAACACCUGUAGAGCGGCAGCUCAACUGUUUCAUUUCAUCUUUUUCCUCCAAAUGCUCUUUCAGCUUCUUUUGUUUUCUGUUUUUUUUUUUUUUUUGCAACCCCCAUGCCCCUUUCCAGCUCUUCAGUGGGGAGGGGACAGCAGGAAUUGUUUUCAACAUGUGUGAGAGACAUUCUGACUGGGGACAUUUUGACAGACUUUUAGACUGAAGUUACACUUGCUGGGAGUUUUGGUGCUGACACAGCUACUCCUCGAGUCUGCAUCAGUUAUAGCAUGUGAUGGGGCUCAAGUCUCUCUGACUUACUGACUUCCUGUUUAAACUACAUCCAGGUUGGAGGCAGAGGACCAGCUGCGUUGGGCCACUUUGUGUGUGUGUGCGCAUGUGUGUCUGUAUGUGCGUGUGUGCCUGUGUGUCUGUAUUGGGUUUAGUCUGCAGCUGCUGUCUCAGCAGAAAUGGGAGACUCCCGUGGUCCUGUCUUAAGCUCCACCCCAGGAUGAAGGAGCAGUAUGCUUUUGAAUAUACUUAGUACAGCAUACUUUACAUGUUACUGCUGUUUUUUUUUGUUUUAGGUACAUUUACAGAAUGUCGAUCAAUUAUGUUUUUCCUCUUUGUAAUCACAAAAAUGUGUUCAAAAGCUUAUUGCUCCCAGAAGGAGAGGUUAUGUGAGUCUUUUGCUUGCUAGGGCUCUUGACAAGGCGGUGAUAUUUGAUGGGGCAGUGUCUGCACCACAUCUUACACACACAGUAUUCUGAUAAGUAAAUGAAUGGACAUUAUUUUUAAAAGAGGAGUGCAGGUUUAUUCCAGUGUCUUUAUGAAGAAAGGUACCUGUCUUGCUUUUCAGAUAAUUCUUUUCCAUGUGUGUAGGGGAUGUCCAUGAACAUUAUAAAAAGCCAUUUGUAAUGAUCUUGUCCUUUUUUCCCAUGCCUCUCCUUUUGUGAUGUCAUAAAAGGGAAUUCCCCCCAACUUCAAAUGAGAAAAUGGUGUUUUUAUCUAUUUUAAUCACAAUCCAGGAGAUUGGACACUGAGAGCCCAUCUCUUGUUUCUGCAUUUUAGUUUUCUUGGGGUAAAGGAGGGUGCUGGGGAAGGUAAAUGCAAAGUCCUUCAAUCCUGUCAUGUUUCAUGUUUCUCUACCAAUUUGUACAUUAUUUGUUGUCCUUUACUACUGUAUACAAUAAAUAUAGUUUGGUACUCA